AUGUCUUCCCUGAUAGACGCUAUCCCCUGGGAGGCGCUGAUCACCUGGUCAAGCCUCGCCGUGGGACUCACGGCGACCCUGAUAACCACUAUCGUGCGCCGUCGCUAUCUUUCUGCCAUAUCGAACAUUCCGGGCCCGUUUUGGGCCUCCCUCACUCGGCUAUGGCAUGUCUGGAUCAUCCUCGAAGGAAGGCAGAACGAGCGUCUCGUGGCUCUCCACAAACGGUAUGGCCCGUUCGUUCGCAUCGCCCCGAACGAGGUCAGCGUUUGUCACCGAGAUGCCUCCACGCUCCUUUUGCGAGCCAAUCUACACAAGGUCGGGCGACUGGUACCACGUCACGGCAGUGCCCGACUUCCGCUUCCGGAACCCUAUGAGAAAAAGGCGCUUUCGAAACACUUUGCCCCAGGAUACGCCCCGUCGAAGGUCCGGGGAUGGGAGUCCGAUAUCAACAGAAACAUCGAGUGCUUGCUGUCUUGGAUAGACGCUUAUGCCGAGGACGAGAAGCCGAUGCACCUUGAUAAGUUCAUCACGUACACGACAUUCGACAACAUAGGCUCCGUCUUUUUCUCGGAGCCUUUUGGUUUCAUCAAAGCGGGCCGCGAUAUAGGCGGAACGUUGCGGAACAACGUCGCGCUCAGCAAAUUCGCAGCCGCCGCUGGUUUCUUCCUCGUGCCCCUGCGCAUCCUUGUCAACCCGUUAACUAGUUGGAUGCUGCUGCUGCCGAUGGGCAAACUGUACAGGACCACGUCAGCGGCUUUGCGGAAGCGGAUGAGCAACCCCAAUGCCGGCAAGGACAUGCUCUCGCACUGGCUUCGCGCUUCCAAAGUAUCAGGGGCACUGAGCGUACAGGAGAUCGAGGCGCAGGCGAAUGUGAAUGUGGGCGCAGGGGCGGAGCCUGUUUCCACUGCUAUUCAGAGCGUUGUGUAUCACAUGAUCAGGCAUCCCAAGGCUUGGUCGACGGCCCGCGACGAGAUCGAUGCCGCUCGUGCCCAAGGGCGCUGCCAACAUCGCGUUGUUUCGUCGCACGACGCCCAGAGCCUACCUUAUGUACAAGCUUGCGUGAAGGAGUCGCUGCGCUUGUUUAGCCCAACGACCAUGGGCUUACCUCGUAAGGCCCCGAAGGGCGGCAUCACUAUCGCAGGCCGACACUUCGCAGAGGGCACCACUCUCAGUGUUUCUUCGCAGUAG